AUGGAGGGCGCACCUUGGAUGAUCGGAGGGGACUUCAACACCAUUCUCCAUCUGCAAGACAGAGUAGGGAGUGACACAAACCGCCAAGCUAAAAUGGUGGACUUUGCGGAGUCCAUUGAGGACUGCAGGAUACUAGACCCGGGCUUUGAUGGGUCGGAGUUCACGUGGGCCAAGAAUGGCCUCUUCGAAAGAUUGGAUAGAAUCCCAGUGAACGAACGGUGGGCACAAAGUUUGGAAACUACUCGGGUGACGAACCUGCCCCGGAUUGCCUCGGACCACGGGCCUGUGUUGGUAAGAUGCAAAGUGACAAGCAACAACAUAGGGGGAAGGCCAUUCAGGUUCCAAAACAUGUGGAUUAGGCACGAAGGAUUUGAGGACCUUGUACGGGGAGAUUGGAUCCAACCGACGGAGUCUGAAGGCCUCCUCAAUUUCCAAAUCAAACUUGCUCGGUUAAAGAGAAUCCUAAAGGUGUGGAACAAGGAGACUUUCGGGAACAUUCAUAACAACCUCAGGGAUAUGGAGGCGAAAAUCGCAUCGCCGAGUACAUUCGACUCCUUAAAAUGGAGGAGGAUUUCUGGCGCCAAAAGGCUACCCUAA